AUGGAGGCCAUCUCAACAGCAGUACAACCAAGCGCAAUAACAAACGCACCCACACCAGCCACGGAAAUUGAGCACGCAGACACCGACACACAGCCACACUCAGCAGCCCACACAGACGCUCGCAGACAAGUCAACACCUCACCACACACACACACGGCCGCAGCCACACCUACACAAGCGGACACCCCCACAAACGGGACGUCGAUAGGGGAGCCCACUAUGUGCAUCACACCAACACCCGACAACCAGAACGACGGAGAGAUGCACCGAGACGGGCCAGAGGCUACAGCUGAAGAUACGAAGAAGAUAGGCACAGGCGGCAAUGGGGCAAGAAGCGAAACAGACCUGACGCAG